AUGGCCGGAAAAAUGACUCUGUACAAGUUGGUGGUGCUGGGAGACGGUGGUGUCGGAAAGACAGCACUCACAAUUCAGUUAUGUUUAAACCAUUUCGUCGAGACAUACGACCCGACCAUUGAAGAUUCGUACCGCAAGCAGGUGGUCAUCGAUUCGCAAUCGUGCAUGUUGGAGGUUCUCGAUACUGCCGGUCAGGAGGAGUACACCGCACUACGCGACCAAUGGAUCCGGGACGGCGAGGGGUUUGUUCUCGUCUACAGCAUCACGUCGCGUGCUUCCUUUUCUCGGAUAACCAAGUUCUACAACCAGAUCAAGAUGGUCAAGGAGUCGGCGAAUUCCGGCUCACCGUCUGGCACUAGCUACCUAGGCUCCCCGAUGAGCUCGCCCUCAGGACCGCCACUUCCUGUUCCCGUGAUGCUGGUCGGCAACAAGAGCGACAAAGCUGUCGAGCGGGCAGUCUCCGCCCAAGAAGGACAGGCGCUGGCCAAGGAUUUAGGGUGCGAGUUUGUGGAGGCAUCCGCGAAGAACUGCAUCAACGUCGAAAAGGCGUUCUACGAUGUAGUCCGAAUGCUGCGCAAUCAGCGCAUGCAACAACAAAGGCCCCAGGAUUCUCGUCGGACGACUGGUCUAGGUCAAAUGCGUGACUCCGGCCCGGAGUACCCCAAGUCAUUCCGCCCCGACCGCUCUCGACACCGCAGCGGGCUCAAGUGUCAAAUCCUGUGA